CGUAUUACCAUCCGGAUUGUGGACCGCUCCAUUUUUCUUUAGUCCAAAACGCGCUUUGUCGGGUCCCACAUUCAGACAAAAAUCCUUUCUUGCAGGAACACAGGAAAAACGCAACAGCCUUUGCAGUUGAACUCAAAGAAAAGAGAGGGGAAAGAGCGAAAAAGAAAGAUGAAGAAAGAGUUUCACGGCGAAGAAACAUCCCAGACACAGCCGAAUACAGACAAUGGAUAGGAAAGUGAGAUGGGAAAAAGGGUUUCAAGUGUUGGGUUGCUUUUUGUUUUUUUCUUUCCUUUUCUUUUCCUUUUGAUGCAUUGGAUUUUACUCAUUGAUUAGCAUUUAAUUGAUGAAUGAAUAGUUAUAUAUAAAUAUAUGUGUAUACUCCUCCUGCUGGUUUCAAUUUUUAUUUAAGUGCCGCAUGUUGGGUUCUUUGGCUGUUGUUGUAUUGGUGUUUGUUAAUGAACCUCAUCGUUGCCCACCACCGAAACCGCUUAGCUUUUGGGGUGUUUUUGUUGCUGGAGUUAAAAGUAAUAAUGUCACAGAAAAGGCCCCAGGAAGAUGGUAAGGCUCGGCCGUCAGAAGGGAAUAGUCCUGAUCAGGACAAACGGAGAAGGGUUCCAACCUUGAGAAAUGUGGUUCAGGAGGUGAUGAAGUUGCAAUCGGUCCAGCAAUUGCUGGAGCCAGUUUUGGAGCCGUUGAUUCGUAGGGUGGUCAAGGAGGAAGUUGAAAUGGCUCUUAGAAAGCAUUUGAACAAUAUGAAAAGGAAUGGUGGGAAGGAGGUAAAUUGUACCGUAUCAAGAAGCUUACAACUCCAAUUCUUAAAUAAUCUCUCCCUUCCUGUGUUCACUGGAGCUCGAAUUGAAUCAGAAGAAGGUUCUGCCAUAAAGGUGGCUAUAGUUGAUGCCCUAACUGGACAAAUUGUUACUUCUGGCCCAGAGUCUUCUGCCAAAGUAGAAGUUGUUGUCCUUGAGGGAGAUUUCGAUGGUGAUGAGGGGGACAAUUGGACACUUGAAGAGUUUAAGAAUAACAUUGUAAGAGAGAGAGAAGGAAAGAAACCUCUUCUUACUGGAGAUGCAUUUUUAACUCUUUCUGAGGGCAUAGGUUUAGCGGGUGAGAUUUCAUUUACAGAUAAUUCAAGCUGGACAAGAAGCCGUCGUUUUAGACUUGGUGCAAGAGUUGUGGAUGGCCCUGAUGGAACUAGAGUAAGAGAAGCAAAGACAGAAUCCUUCAUUGUCAGGGAUCAUCGUGUAUACAAGAAGCAUCAUCCUCCAUCUCUUUCUGAUGAAGUAUGGAGAUUAGAGAAAAUUGGCAAAGAUGGGGCUUUCCAUAAGCGCUUGAGUCAGGAGAAUAUCAACACUGUAAAGGAUUUUUUGACCAUGCUCUUUAUAAAUCUUCCAAGGCUCCGACAUAUCCUCGGCACUGGUAUGUCUGCUAAGAUGUGGGAAGUAACUGUGGAGCAUGCUCGAACAUGUGUGCUUGAUAAGAGGAUGCACUUGUACUGCCCUCCUGGUUCUCAACUGAAAUCUGGUGUGGUCUUUAAUAUUGUGGGACAAGUGACAGGAGUACUUUCAGAAUGCCAGUAUGUCACAAUCGAUAAGCUGUCAGAAACUGAGAAGAUUGAAGCACAAAACUUGGUAAUUUCUGCAUUUGAGCACUGGGAAGAAGUUAUCCCUUUUGAUGAUGAAGCCUCUCUCAUAGGUGGUUCUUCAAAUUUAGCAAAUAUUCCUUACACAAGCUCAGCCAAGGCACAGAUUUCUAAUGAUAGCAAGUUUUUGGCUUCUCAAAAGAUGGGUGGAUUUGAUUAUGCUCAAUCAAGUGCUUCUUCUCCAGAUAUCAUUUCAACCAUCUAUUCAGUUGGGGGUAUGAGUGGUUUAGACGAUUAUGCCCUGCAUGGCAUUGAAAACAUGGGUCUAAGAUAUGACGAAACUUUGAGUUAUCCUGGCCAAGUCACUAAUUCCCCGAUCUGUGACACGGAUAUUACUCAGACUUUCUGCGAUGAAGAUCAUCUUCAAUUUUUUGAUAGUGAUCCUCAGUCCCAGGGUCCUGGUUCGGAAUCACAAGCUGAUCUUCAAACUAGCGAUGAUGGAUUAGUUUUGCCACCACGUACUGUUGCUGUUCAAGCACAGAGGAGAUGGACCAAGGUUUUCAGUGUGCUGAAAUGGUUCUCUAUUAAAAGAAAAGUUGCAGAAAAAUUUCGAGGUCGGAGAUAUAGCAAUGGACCCUAAUAUGAUUAUAGGUACGGUUGCAAAUAUUAGUGGUAGCCAAAUGCUGCCAUAUUAAAUUUUGGUUUGCAGUUAUAGAAUUCAACAAGUUGGAAUUAUCACUAGAUGUGGUAGACGCAGCUGCCCGUUUAUAAAUCCUUGUUCUUGUUGGAUAUCAGAACUUGCACCCCUCUGUAUCAUAUUAAACUGUAAAUAUAUUGAUGCACUGUUACAGAAUUAGGCAGAUUUUUUGGUUCUAAAAUUGUGGUUGUUUCAGUUGAAUCAUGGACCGUGACCAUGCAUGAAGAGAAUGAAAUGCUUUUGUUUGAUAACUGAGAACUUAUUGCAUUCUUAUCAACAUCCCUUAUGAGCACCAGCAUCAGUUUUCAAUGGUUCAACACCCCUCCUU